GGGGUGGGGGGGGGGGGGGGUGGUGGGGGGGGGGGGGGUGGGGGGGGGGGUGGGGGGGGGGGGGGGGGGGGGGGGGGGGGGGGGGGGGGGGGGGGGGGUGGGGGGGGGGGGGGGGGGGGGGGGGGGGGGGGGGGGGGGGGGGGGGGGGGGGGGGGGGGGGGGGGGGGGGGGGGGGGGGGGGGGGGGGGGGGGGGGGGGGGGGGGGGGGGGGGGGGGGGGGGGGGGGGGGGGGGGGGGGGGGGGGGGGGGGGGGGGGGGGGGGGGGGGGGGGGGGGGGGGGGGGGGGGGGGGGGGGGGGGGGGGGGGGGGGGGGGGGGGGGGGGGGGGUGGGGGGGGGGGGGGGGGGGGGGGGGGGGGGGGGGGGGGGGGGGGGGGGGGGGGGGGGGGGGGGGGGGGGGGGGGGGGGGGGGGGGGGGGGGGGGGGGGGGGGGGGGGGGGGGGGGGGGGGGGGGGGGUGGGGGUGGGGGGGGGGGGGGGGGGGGGGGGGGGGGGGGGGGGGGGGGGGGGGGGGGGGGGGGGGGGGGGGGGGGGGGGGGGGGGAGCAGCAUCAUGUUUAUGACUAGAUUAUACUUAAUACAGAAAGAAGAGAAGGUUGUAUUUGUUAUUAAGUAG